AUGGGCAAUGCACAGUCUACCGAGACGCUUCAUGAUUCACAUGUGCAAGGUGGAAGCAGCAGCAAAAAGUCACCUCACAAAUUAUCAAAACCUAGAGUCGGCAAUCAUGCCUCUCCAACACCCCAAUUACCGGCCCCCAGCCAACUAAGCAUACAACGUGCUGCAUCCGCCAGUCUGCCACCCUCUCGAUCGAAUUCGCGACUUCUGCCUGGGCAAAAUUCGCCCGCACCGUCACCUAUUUCUGCAACCGCCGGAUCUCAGCUUGGUGCAGCCGCCCGAGCACCCAGCAUCGCUUCUAUGGCGGACCCAGAAGUGAAACCUGCGAGGGAUUGGAAGCGCAGGGCAAGCUUGUUUAGGUCAAAGAGCUCUCAAGAGCCCAGGAAGCAAAAACGUAGGGAAAGCAUGGUGCUGAGCCCGCCUGUUCCAGACAGAAUGUCGAGGGCAAAUUCAAUGACCUGGGAGAGUCAGCAGGAAAUGGACAUCUCCAGGCAGUUGCAAGUUGAGAGCUGGCAUGUUCCUGGGAAUCGUCAGUCCAUCAACUACAAUCUCAUGUCGUACGAAUCGAGAAGGCUCCUGAACCUCAACGAAGAUCUCACCGCAUGCGAAGAGAACUCGAUGGUGUCUGAAAGCAAGUUCGAGGUGUCACCGAAUACUUGGAAAAGUUCGCAUCCGCACCAGCCAGUUCUUGCACAAUCAGUCAGCGCUCAGCUGCCUCUGCCCCGAGCCAACUCAGAUUUGGCACUGUAUGCACCCGUACGGCGACGUUCCAUGAUCCAAACUCCAGGUCUUGCGACCCGAAUGCCGUCAGAAUAUGCUUCAUCUAGACGGUCGAGUGUGCGACACAGCAUGCCUACAACCCCAGCAGGAGGGCGUUCGCGAAUGAACUCAUUAUCGGUUGACUCGAGCGCAUAUCCGAUCCCGACGUUGGAAGAAUACGUCGCUGAGCGAUUCGCCUCGGAGCCUGAAUAUCUGUGUGAACCAGUGGUUGAACCUGUCGAAAGAGCCUUGACCCCUUCUGAUAUGGAUUACCGGCCGCUAGGUGCCAUGAAGUUUGGCUCGCUGCGGAUCACGAAUGGAGAGGCCAGCCCGCUUCCAAGUCCGGACUUUGAGCCAGCAGUUCAGGUCAGCAUAGCAGAAAAGUCGCAAAUGGUUGCAAUUGAGGAGUAUUUCAGUCACGAGAACGGAUCGGGUGGGACGGGCUUUGAGAGCAAGGACAUCAAGAUCACGGUCUCAACAGUGCAAGCCAGUGCUACUUCGCAGACACUCAGUCCGAUCAAGACUUCGGUUUCAAAGGCGGAAUCGCAGAGGCGGCGGUCAACUUCGCCACUCAGUCCAGAGUUGAAAAUAUCAUCCAAGCACACAGCAAUGGAAGACGACCUUUUUGCGGAAGAAGAUGAAGAUGUGCAAAUGGAGUACUCUGCCGAGGUCCUGACGGUCAGAAAUGACCCGAACGCAAAACCAAGUCUUGAGCAACUGAAAGCGGACCAGUCUCAGAAACAUUCCCGAGCAAUUGCACGCGCCGACAGUGGAGUCGUUGCUAGCCCGACCACCGAGCACCAGCCCAAACCGCUCUCCAAGGCCGAUUCCGGCUACAGUUCUAAUGUUUCGCUGAGGUCGUUCCAUGCCAAGCAACCUUCUGCAGGCAGCCGUCCAGCUGGCCGUGCCGCAUCGGAGGAUUCGGGCGAUGAACUGUCAGACUCAGCCGCAUCCCCAACUGUAGCCGUCAGCGGCAACAGGCUGCAAGUUAGUGUUCUUAAGGCCGACAUCCGCCCUGCUGAUCCUUCACUAUCUGGCGCCUCAGUUCCUUCGUCUCUGGCCCCGAAGGAUGAUUUUCUUGUCUCUCCGACUAACAACACAAUGACGGUCACAUCGCCCAAGUUCUUCUUCAACCUCAGCGCCGGCCAUUCCUUCCGCAAGGACCGAAAAUCCCCGGCCCCAGCGUUAAUUGACAGCACUCAAUCGGCCGAACAAGGCCCCGCUUCUCCGGCCGCCAUUCGUUCUCCCGGAGCUGCUUCCGAAAAGUCAAAUUCCUCCUUGAGCAUUGGCAACGGCUUGCAAAAACCUGGCAAGUUGCAAAGACUUCUCAGUGGCUCUGGAAUGCGAGGACCACCGACCGUUCACGCAACGCAUCCGUCUGACGAAGAGAUUCCCUCGGUACCCCAGGAUGUUCAGUCAAAGCUUGAGGAGCACUCUGGUCGGUUUCCCAUCACAACCAAGCGAUUGACCCUUCGUGCGCAGGCCAGUAAAGAGACUCUCAAGACCAUUUUCAGUGUCGGAAGCUUCGAUGCCGGCCACGCCGACGACAAGCGCAGCUCUGCGCUCCUGGUCGAUGCGACUCAGGUUGUGAGCGAGGCGAUAGCAGAGACGUCUGGACCCUCUGAAAAGCCAAAGUCACCCUUCCGCCGUUCUUUCCAGACCAUGCCAGCCUCGUUCGCUCAAGCUGCCGCUUCUGUCAUGCCGCGGCGCUCUAUCCACCGCAAGCCAGUGCCUUCUGGUGUUGUGAGCAAAGCCGAGUUUAUCGGCGAAGCCAGAGCCGACGAGAUUCAGGUCGGCUUCGAGUCAAACAUCACGGCCAUCGACCAUGUCGGCGAGAGCGUCGGCAAGAGUGCUUUCGACCAAGCUUUCAUGGCGCUCCCUCGCGAGCAGCCUGUUCAGGCCCAACACAGUCGUACUCUGACAAUGCCGGCGCAUAUGGAACGUGAGAUUGGGCUGCGAUUUCGUCCCACCGAGCCUCUGCCUCCGACAAGCCGCCACUCCGAAUUUGCGUCUCAGAAUCUGCAGGUUCCCGAGGUGUCAGUGAAGAGGAAGACUUCUCCGCCCGUCAGUCUGCACACCCGCAGUAGCACUAAGAGUCCCCGAAAGCCAGUGCCAGUGCGCCCUCAGUCAUCCUCGUCCAGCGAGGCGAGUCGAAGACAGACCUUGUCGAGGCAGAACAGCCGCGAGACCAUCCACAGCUAUCCGUCGGCGUUGAUGGGAGCCUCACUCGAUGACGCUCUUGCUGUGCCGCCCAUUCCGCCAAUGAGCCCUCGCAGGGGCAUGACGAUGCUCGAGAAGCAAUACGCCAGGCAUCGCUUGACGACUGAGGACAAGUGGCGCCCUACCAAUGGUUCUUUUCCUGAGUUUGGCCAGCCAGUCGCCCGCAGCGCCUCCACCAACCCAAUGGGACAUCAGCAGCAGCAGCAGCAGCGACAACUCCGUCAUCGAUCAAGCUACGACAGUUACUCGCAGUACAGGGGACCUGUUGCACGCGGACAUUCAGUUGCCAACCAGAGCCCGAGCCAAAGCGGCAGCUACUACCAGCAGCAACUCUUAAACAUCCAACAGCAGCAAUGGGAACAGCAGCAGUACUACUCCCCCGACGCCGUUCAGCCGGGCCUUUCCAGAAGCCGCAGCCGGAGUCGUAGUGUUCACGCAAACGGUGACCAGCCCUACAGAGUCCUACACAGUUACAACUCGCCGGCGUACCGCAACGCACCAAUCUGGGGUUGA